UCGGUUCUGGGUAUCGGAGAAAACAGCUGUAGUUGUUUGGAUUACGAGAUAAUAAAUAGAAAUAUUGAAAUUAAAUUUUUCGGCUGUGAAAUUGGGCAGCUAUGGCUUUCCUACUAAGACAAGUGGCCAGAACGGGACUGCAGAGAAAUCUGACUCUGAUGCGGCACGUCUCAGCCUCCACAUCUGUGAAUCCCGAGCUGAGUAUCCAGGUGAGCGAGAGCUGCCUGAAACGGCUCCGUGAGAUCUGCGUGGAUGGUUCCUUCCUCCGCGUGACAGUCGAAGGCGGCGGAUGCUCUGGCUUUCAGUACAAGUUCGAUUUAGACAAGCAGCUCAACGAGGAUGACCGGCAAUUCGGGGAGGAUAAAGCCAAAGUGGUAAUCGAUACCGUGUCGUUGGAAUACUGCAGUGGCUCCACCGUUGAUUACCAUAGCGAACUCAUCCGUGCUGGAUUCCGCAUGGUGGCCAAUCCGCUGGCGGAACAGGGCUGCUCCUGCGGCUCCUCUUUCUCCAUAAAAUUGUAAUUUCACGUUUAAACUUUAGAGAAUUAUUUUAAUACACAUAGAAUGUUCAGUUA